AUGGAAGAUACUACAAAACUGAAUGAAUCAAAAUUAGGCACUAAGAAAUAUUGGGAUGAUUUCUAUUCGGUAGAGAGGAAUAAUUUUAAAGGGAAUCCAGAAGAUACAGGGGAGUGUUGGUUCGAUGAUAACGGUGCCGAAGAACGAAUGGUUGAUUUUAUUAUUGAAAAUUUAAAUGAAUAUGAUAACAAAGACUCAUCUGUAAUCGAUCUUGGUACAGGUAAUGGUCACUUAUUAUUCGAACUAUAUGAAAAUGAUUUUGCAGCUAAUAUGUUGGGUGUCGAUUACUCUACAGAAAGUAUUCAAUUUGCUACAGAUAUAGCGAAGAAUAAAGGAUAUCCUGUAAAAUUUACACAGGCAGAUGUAUUUGAUUCUAGUUGGAAUCCAGGUGAGUUCGAUAUUGUAGCUGAUAAAGGUACAUUGGAUGCAAUUGCCUUGAGUGGUUUGACUGUUGGUGAGAAAAAUCAACCAGUUAUUGAAGUGUAUCACUCAGUUAUUGAAAAAAUACUGAAGAAAAAUGGUACUUUUUUGAUAACAUCAUGUAAUUUUACGGAGGAAGAGUUAAUUAAAAUCAUAACGAAGGGACAAUUAACAGUUUUAGAAACUAUCGAAUAUCCAGUAUUUGAAUUUGGUGGUGUUAAAGGCAGUACUAUUUGCAGUGUAGCCUUUGUUAAGAAGUAA